CACCUAGCUGCCCCAGUUGAUUCAUUUUUCAUGAACCUCUUUUGAUCCAGCUAUUCCUCAUGCAGUUAGAUGAAUCUUUAAAAGUAAGAUUCCUAUUUAGAAAAAGAUUUUCUUCAGAUAUCUCUAGUUCUCUAUUAGGGAAGUUAUUGCAGUAUUCCUAAUUGUUACCCCCAUCCCUUCUUUCCCCCCUCCCCCAAGAAUAUGCGUUAGUGCCCCAGAAUAUGCUUUCUCCAAGGAAGGAUCUUACUCUAGUUCCCCCUCUUUAACUGAGAUCUUACUUCCCCCUAUUCUCCGAACUACUCAGUAAUCUUCAGUGGUUCCCUAUUACAUUUAAUACCUCAUUUGUAUUAUGAUGAAAUUGCAACAAGCCUCAUAUUUCUGAACUUCUCCCUGUUCUGUAGUCUUCCAUUUCUGGAACUUGUGAAGUUCCUAGGCUUCCAGUCACUAAGGAAUGCAUAUAGUGAGGUUAGAGGAGAGUCCAGGGUCCAUUAAGAACACAAUUAGUAGAGAUUGAUAUCUCACGGUACAGGACAGCACAACGAGAGUGUCUUUGAAAGGGAAAUGUUGAUGUUUUAGUGUUGUUUAUUCCCUAUAAAUUAGUGGAUUACCUUAUGGCAACUUGCUUUUCUUCCUUUUUACUCCAGUUGUUUUUUAUAACAUCAUUUCAUGCCAUUCUUGUUUAGCGGAAGUGAAGGAGAAACACUAGGGUCAUUCCACCAUUUUUUUUCUUUUCUUUCAAAUUCAUUAAUAAAGAUCAUGUGAGUCAGAGUUGUUUCGACUUCCCUCAAAAAGUCCUGUCUUUCUCCGUGAAUAAUUCUACUUUACAGUUUUUAUUUGUUAUUGUUAUUACAUAUUAUUCAUAGUAGUAGUACAUAGUUUACCAAAUGUUAAGUUACCAUGAAAUCUACCAUUUUCUUAGUGUUUCCUAGUAUUUUUCAGAUAAGCUAAAUUCAGAAAAAGAUUUUUUCCCCUGCUCAUGUACAUUUGUGUUCUGCUUAAAUUAUUUUAGUGGACCCAAGAUUUCAUCAAUAUGAUACUUUUCAGUGGUGUUGAUUCACAUCUGUACCUUCUCAUCAUGUGUGACAUUGUGUUCUUCUGUAGGAAUUUGUAAAUUGUAGCCAUUUUCUACAUAUCGCAACUUUAUGUCAAGGCAGAUGAAGUCAAGAAGCAUUUAUUAAACAUCUUACUCCAUGUCAGGAUCUGUGCUAAGAGAUAGAGGUCCAAAGAACAAAACUGUUCUUCCUCUCAAGUUGCUUACAGUCUUUAAUAGGGAAGAUAACAUGUAAACGUUAGGUACAAACAGGACACAGAUGGAAUGAUCAAGAGUUUUCCUAAAUAGAAGGCCGUAGCAUUAAGAAAGAUUGGGGCUGUUACCUGAAGGAGGCCAGCAAGUCAGGAGAUAGACCCUGAGACAGAGGGAAUGCUAGCCUGACGGGGACUGUCCGUGAAAGUGACAAGUCAGAGAUAGGGCAUCAUAUGGGAAGAAGAGUGUCUGGGUACGGAGAUCAUUAAUAGAGAAAGGGGUCAUGUCACAAAGGGGUUGAUCCUGGAUGAAAUAGGAGACCCUGGAGCUUAUUGAAUUGGGGGGAAAGGGCGAUCAGUUAGAUUUGUGCUUUAGGAAGAUUACUUUGAGAUGAAUGGAAAGAGGAUUGGAAUGGGGAGAACAAGAGAGACCAAUGAGCAGAGUAUUGUAGUGGUCUGGGCCCUGGGUUCAUGGCAAAGUCAGAUGAGAGAAGGGGUAAAUAAUGGAAAUCAGCAGGACUUGGCAAUUGAUUGGAUAUGGGGUAGAGGGACAGGGAGAGUAAGGAGUUGAAGAUAGUGCCUGGAAGAAUGGUAGGACUCUCAGUAGCAAUGGGAAAGUUAGAAAGAAGGGAAGACUUUGGUGGGGAAGGGAGGAAAUAAAUUUAAGAUUUUUGUAAGACAUACAGUGAGAGAUAUCUGAUAGGUAUUUGGAGUAGAGAGAAUGGGAAAAAGGUUAAGAUUGAAUUAAUAGAUCUGAGACAUAAAUAGAUAACUGAAUACAUGGGAGCCUAUGAAAUUACCAAACAAAUUAACAUUGAGGGAGAAAGGGUCCUAGGACAGAUCCUUGUGGGACUCCCUCCCCCCUCCCUCUCCCUCCCUCCCACUAUUAGCAGGUGCUGCCUGGAUGAAGAACCAGCAAAAGGACUGAAAAGGAGCAAUCAGAUCAUUCAAAAAGAAACUUAGAAAAAGGUAGUACAAUCUAGAUAAUAUUAACUUAUAAUUUCCUAGAACAGUACAUAGCUGCAAGGAUCUAUUUUUAUUUGUUUGAUUCUACUGAUCUACAGUGCCAGAAACUAGAUUGGUCAGUAAGGAUAAAGUUUGGGAAUUUGGUAAUGAAGAGAUCUCAGGUAACUUUGGAGGGAGCUAUUUAAGUUGAAUAAUGACAACAGAAGCCAGAUUGCAGAGUUAGAGGAGGAGAGGAAAGGAAAUAAAAGCUCUACUUAUAGGUCUCCUCAAAAAAUUUCAGACAGUAGUGAAAAUGGGUGGAUCAAAUGAGAGUUUUUGAGGGAAGGAUAACAUGUUUGAAGACAGUAGGGAAACAAAUGAACAGAGAGAUUAAAGAUUAGUGAGAGAGGGGUUAUAAAGUGACAAAUCUAUUGGUGAAAGAUGGGAUGAAAUAGAAUCUCUUAUGUAGGUGGAGCACAUCCAGCGCUUAGCAAGGAAAAAAGCCACUGUGUGUGAAACGCUUAGAGGAGGAGAGACAGAAGGCAUCUGAGAAUAUGAAAUGAGAAACAAAGAAGAAGGUGCUUUUUGCUCUUCAUGGCCUUCCCUUAGUUUCUAUAGUGAAACAUGAGGCAAUAUUCUCAGUUGAGAAGGUGAGGAGAAGAAGAAUUGGAGGUUUAGGAAGUCAUAAAAAGGUUGGAAAGGCUACUGCAAUGAAUGGGAAAGAAUCAGAAAGUGUGAAAGGAUUGUCUUGCCAAGUUAGGACCCAGUUGAAAUUAUUUAACAUAAAUCUGGAGGGAGGACCCAGUCGUCAUUAUGUAAUUUUUUUUUUCCUAGCUUCAUUCAGCAGUAUAUGAGUUAGGAGUGAAGAUAGUGGAUGGUGGAAGUAAGUAACACAUGGUUAGGACUUGAUAAGAUCAGACCAACAAUAGGAUAAAGGGUUAGGGGACUCAAAAGCACAAUAUAGAGUUAAACUGGUUUAACCAAAGGAUUAAGAUGGGGAAGGAAAGAAAGUAACUAGUGCAGGAAUAAUGUCUUGUUAUGGAAUUUAAGGGGUGGAAAAAGUGGAGCUUGCAGCAAAGAUGAAGAAACAGGAUCAGGGGAUGCAAGGCAGAGGGAGAGAUAGUAUGACAACAGAUAAUGAUCGUUAUCAUAAUUAAUAUUUUCCCUCUUGCUUUGUUUUAGAUCAUUAGACAAAUAAAUCAAGCCUCGGUUUACUGACUUCUGAGAUAUGAAUGCUUAUAAUGAAAAUUUAGCUUUUGUGUCUCAUGAGCUGAUAUAUAGCUGGCUCCAGUGCAUUCUGAUAUUAUCCAUCUUUGAGUUAAUUGAGGGUGGAGUGAUGGAAUAGAUCAUGGAAAAUAAAUUGAGGAAUUGGGAGUUUUGGGCAAUUGAGGGAGUAUUAGUAUUUUGUCUGUUGAAGUCUGGUAGGGUGAGGGCAAGAGUUUGGGAGGAGAGAAGAGACUUUGAGCCAGGUACAGAACCCAUUGAGGAAGGAAGGAGUUUGGUACUAAAGUUUUAUUUGAGUGAUAAAUAUAUAGUGAAUGAAUGAAUGAACCUCAGAUGAGGAGAGUCUAGAAGUGGCAGUUGAGAGCAAGAAGUAUUCCAUCCCUCUGCCAGGAUCAGUAAUUGAUGUGAGGUAUGAGGGGAUAAGGGUAUGAGAGAAAGCACAUUCACCGGUAGAAGAGAAUGAGAAGCUUUCUCAUUGGGAGGAAGUUAGGUCUCAAUAUGGAAAUUGGUAGAAAGGGAAAUGUUUAAGGUGAAGGCAAGUUUGUUACUUAAGAAAUAGACAUGGCAACUUUAGAGUGGGACUUUGGAGGAAUGAGGGUCUAUAUUGAAUAAGAAUAGUCAGUGGGAGUUUGAAUAAUGACAGCUGUUCAGAUUCACUGGCAUGGGGAGGGUAUGUUGGAAUGGGAACAUUUUAAUCAUUAAAGAAAUUCAGGUGGUUUUUCAUUUUCCCAAGGGGUUUGAUUUGGCUUUCUACUACACUCUCCCCCAAUCUUUUUCCCUUGUAACACUCCUCUCCAUCCUAUUCCACCUAAACACAUUCUCUUUAACAGUGGGCCCUGGGUUCUGCUUGGUUUUUAGAAGUGGAUGUUGUGGAUAAUUUAUGUGUGAGAGAGAUGGUGUAGUGGAUAGAGGGGAUGGCUUUGAAAUUAAGGAAAACUACAUAUACUAGCUGUGUGACUAUGGAUAAAAUAAAUUAUUCUUUCAGUGACCUAGAUAAAUUCAGUGUAAGCACUGUAAGUUAUUGAUGAGUUUCAGCUUUCUGCUAGUGGUGGAGGGAUUUAUUGUGAGUUCCUUGAACUGAUGAAAUCAUAGAUCUAGACCAUCAUCCACAAAAAAGAACAUCUUGGUUUGAAUUCCUUUGUUUCCUAUUUGAAAACAGAUAAUUCAUAAGUUGAAUGGAUAACCCACAUUUCCAUGAUUAAGACUUAACAUUGUUGCUAUGGAUAUUUUUCUGGAUUUUAAAAAGUUUUUAAAAAAAAUUUUGAAGUAACAAUUUAACAAAUCAUAAGAUCUUUAGAAUAUAAAGUAGUCUUAGAGGUCAGAGUAAUUAAUGGCAGAUUAGUGAGAAUUAGAAACUUAUUUACUUGGCCAUAGUUUCUUUAGUUUUAAAAUGAAGUUGGACCCAAUAAUUUCUAAGAUUUUGUUAAAAUGUGUCUACUUUGUAAUGUUUUAAAAUACAAAGUUCACAUAUGUUUAGUGAUGAGAUUUUUCAAUUCUUUCUUUAAUUUUAGGUAAGCUAAAGUGAGGAAAAUUCUGGAGUCUUGAAGAUGCCUUGCCACAAUAUCCUAGUUUUCUGUAUAAAUUAUAAAUAACUUCAAGAAUUGACUGAAGAGAGGACACAAGUAUCAGUUUUUCAAAUCAUGCCAUCUGAACAGAAGCAUUUUUUUUGUGAUGGAAAACCAACUGCUUUAGAAAAGGAUUAUGAUGUGAAAGAUAUAAUAGUUAUUGAUUCUGUAGAAUCAGAAGAACCAAGAAUUUUAGAAGAUAAUUUUGAACUGAAAAAUGUGAAAGUUGAUUUGCCCAAGAUAAGUGUUCCAAAUGAAGCUCUGUUGACCCAUGAGGUUAACAUAUAUAGACAAUUAUUUGAAAAUAAACCACAAACUGCCAGAAAAUCUGUGAGCAAAGAGAAAGUAGAUGAAACUCCUUUAAAUGAUUUAGAAGAGUGUAAUUUGUGGCAUAGACCCAAUGUAGGAUUUGAAGAAGAAGGAAUGAAAAUGUCUGCAAAAAUACUUAAUUUCAGUUGUACAAAAUGUAGAGACAAUAUUCGCUAUAGCCCGAAUGAUUUGCAGAAACAUUUUCAACUUUUGCACUGUGGAGAGUUACCUUUAUAUCCUUGUGAGAUGUGCAGUUUUUCUGCAAAUGACUUUCAGUCAUUUAAACAGCACAGACUUAUCCACCGAAGCACUUUAGUAAAAUGUGACAUUUGUAAUGAUGAGACUGUGUAUACUUUAUUAGAUUUAACAAAACAUUUUACAGUUAACCAUUGUGUUAAUGGUAAUUUUCAAUGUGAAAAAUGCAAGUUCUCUACCAAGGAUGUUGGCACAUUUGUUCAGCAUAUUCAUAGACAUAAUGAUAUUCACUAUAAAUGUAGUAAAUGUCAUCAUAUCAGUUUCACCAAAGGAGAAUUUCAGCAGCAUCUCUUUGUUCAUUCCACUACUUUUCCCUUCGGUUGUCAAUAUUGUAAGUAUAGUGCUGCCGGGAAGGACCAACUUGUAAAACAUGUGUUAGCUUUGCACAAAGAUCAAUUAUAUGCAAAAGAUAAACUGGAAAAGGAAAAAUGUGAAAAAAGGAUAGUUAAGACUACAUCUGGACUUAAGCUUAUAUUAAGACGAUACAAAAUAGGAACAUCAAGAAAGACGCUUUGGAGACAAAAGAAGGAAAGCAAUGGAAAUGACAGCUAUGUAGAAAAAAACACAGAGGUGCUUAAAAAUGCUAAUAAAAUUCAGAUUAAAUCUGAAGAACAGAGUAAUGUAGGGGAGCAUUUGAAUGAAGAAAAGGAUGAAACCAUGUAUAUUGAAAAGCGGAGUCAGAAGCAAGAUGCACCAGAAUCAGAAACAAGAAAUCUCUUACCUACCAGUCAGUGUAGUAAACCUGAAGAAGGAUCAAGUUCUGGUUUUGGAUAUUUGAAGAAUGUUAUACAUGGACCCACGGUGCUGAUGAUGAAAAAUAAUAAAAUAACAGUUCCUGCCAACUAUAGUGCUAAAUUUAUGGGGUUCAAGAUGGUAGAUGGAAAACAACACAUAGUCAUAAAAAUAUUGCCUACCAAUAAAUCGAAUUCAUGUUCUCUGGGUCUUCAGCCUGAAAUAACAAAGGACAACACUACUGAUUUGCAGCAUCAGACAGCUAAAACCACUGGAUUAUCUUCAGGUGCUACACUGCACACAUCUGAUUUAAAUAACACAAUUUGCACUAGUACAUCUAAUCCAUUGUCAUUUUCUACUCCUCUGUUUUCAGGGAAUACAACAUCGGAAAAAGAAAAAGCUGUCAUGGCUCAAGCUAGGGGUAAAUCUCAGAUAGUAGGUGCUGAGAAAAGUACACCUCAUUUGUCAACAAAUUCAGAACUGACUGCAGCUCCUUUGAAUUUGACCACUAAACUUAGAAUAAGUAAUAAUGUGGGAGCAUGGGGAAGUUAUGUUACUAAAAAUCAUCCUCAGGUAUUGUGUGCCACAGGUAAGAACCCAGUUAACUUGGAAUCUAUUGAAAUAAAAUCUGUUGAACCAAAAGCACAGCAUAGUCGGAUGUUGAAUAACUCCAGUAUUAAUGAUCUCAACUAUAUGCCAUCCUCUAAUCAAGGAUCAUUACCUUUUCACAAUUACUCAAAAAUGGACAUUUUGGAUAACUCAUGCAGUAUUUCAGUGACAGCACAUGAAAACUCUGAAGAAUCUUCAGCAAGUAAAACAGCUAUACACCAGUAUAGUUUAAGAAGUGAAUCAGUCUCAUCAGUGGGGAGGAACACAAAUCCAGACCUCCAUCAACCAUUUCCAUCGAAGAUUUGUCAAACUUACUGCCCUUCAAACACUAAAGAUAUUUUUGAACCUUUAAAAAACCACUGUGAACUUGGUGCAGAAAUUUUAGAAACAGUACAAAAUAUUAACAUACAGAAUCCUGAUGCUAAUACAAAUCAAAACUUAGAGAAUGUUGCCGAGAAAUCAGAUUGGAAGGAUGACACUUACGCUGAUUCAUUCACAAUGCCUAAAAUCACAUCUGUUUUCUCACUACAAAGUAAGCAGGCCUCUGAUUUUUUGUCACCUGAAGAAAACCAGUUGUUACAAGAUGUAUUGAAGGAAAACUCAAAUGUGGGAAAAGACUCUGAUACAAAACCAAAUAAAGUAAUACAACUUUAUGAUGAGCCACUUUUGAGAAAUGAGGGAAAUAUUAACAUAAGUGAAUAUUUUAAAGAUUCAGAAACCCCAUGCACUUUACCCAUUUCUUUAAGUAAUGUGUGUACUGGUGUACAUAAAGAAUAUCUCAGUGCCAGCAACUGUACAACAAAUAAAGAAAUAGGUGGGGGGAAAGAAAAACAAGUACUAUCAGUACCAAAUGAUUUGGGAGACUUUGAGAAAAUACCCAAAACUGCUGGUUUUGACACAUUAGUUAAAACCCGUUCUGAUACUCAGCAGCUUAUAAAAAGCAAAGUACAAGCUACUUCAGAAAAUUCUAAUGGCCUGGGUUCUUUUCAUGUUGUCAGCCCACCAAUAAAUUCUGAACCCCCCAAGACAAUUUUAGUUCAGUCAUCUUCUAAAGGAUUUAUUUUACCUUUGCAUCUUGCUAGCAAAUCUGGAUUACAGCUUGUUUCAGGAAGAAGUCUUUCUUCAACUAAUCCAUCAGGUAUUUAUAUGUCUCAAGGUGUGCCAUCAUCUCUCCUUUUAAACAAGAAACCUGGAGUGGUUCUAAGGUUAAGUAAUGGAGUGCUUGGAAGUGUAGCCAACAUCACAGGUGAGAGUUCUCAAGUAUUUGGUGGAGCUGCUGCUAAGGAGCAAGACAAAAUACCUUCUGUAAGGGCAGAAUUGAAAAAGGAUAGUUCAGCAAAUAUAAUUCACUCCUCUACAUUUGAUAGUAGACCUGAUAUGACCAUUAAUUCAGAAAAUAGUAUGUCAUUUAAAGCAUCAUAUCUUAUUAGAAACUCAGCAGAACCUUCAGGGAAUAGAAUUUCUUCUCAAAAUACACUGCCUGGAUAUCAAGGUACUAAGUUACAUACUAUGGAUUCAGUGAAACAGCCAAAUGAAGCUCAGCAGAAACAAUCUCUUUAUGCUCUGUUGCCCGAUGGUCGGCAGGCAGUUCUCUUAAGAUGUGUUACUCCCAAUAAGUCGCAAAUAGGGCCAUCUGAUUUAUUACAGAAUAGCACUUAUGAGCAUCAAAAUCAUCAACCAAAGAAAACUGGAGCAACACAGCAAAAAAUACUGCUGAAAAUAAUUAAGAACCCUGCUUUUCAUAACGGUCCACCAGGAAAGAGUCCUAAGUCUUCAUUACAGUUAGAUAUCAUUCGAUCUCAUCAAACUUCCACAGCAAAGGAGAAACAACCCACUUCUUCCAGUGAUGCCUUACUCUUAAAAAAUAGAUUGACGCCAGCAGUCUCUACAGCAAUAUGCCCCAUACCUCCUCAAGGGACAGUGGGUACCACCAGCCCCCCAGAGACGGAGCUGUUGAAGUGUCAGACCGAGGGUUCAUUUGGGAGUGAUUUCAGUAACAGAAAGUCUACCAGGAGAAAGAUUUCAAAAACAAAAACUCAUGUAAGACAUAAAUCUUCUGAAUCUAUGAUCACAUAUAAAAACAGGAACUUUGGACCAAAAUGGAGAGGAAAUUUCCAGGAAUGGCCUAGAAAAAAAGUAAUGUUGCAUAGGAAGAGUAAAAGAAAAACUAAACCUGAAGAUUUUCAUGAUGUGUUAGACCUUUACAGACCAAGGUUUCCUAAGGACACAGUUAGGACUUUGCGACUUUUUCCUUUCAGUUCUACACAACUGGUAAAAUGCCCCAGAAGAAAUCAGCCGGUUGUGGUUUUAAACCAUCCUGAUGCAGAUGCUCCAGAAGUGGUAAACGUAAUGAAAAGUAUUGCUAAGUUUAAAGGACAUGUACUCAAGGUUUCAUUGUCAAAAAGAACAAUUCAGGCACUUUUGGAACCAGCAUGUUGUAACUUUUCUAAAGCAAUUAGUGAUGACUUUUCUGCCAAAAGGCAUAAAGUACUUAAACCUGUGAAAGAAAGAUUUGUGUUAAAAUUAACACUUAAGAAAACAAGCAAAAAUAAUUAUCAGAUUGUGAAAACUACCUCUGAUAAUACUUUGAAGGCAAAGUUUAACUGCUGGUAUUGUGGUAGAGUAUUUGACAAUCAGGAUGCUUGGGUGGGACAUGGACAGCGACAUUUAAUGGAAGCUACUCGGGAUUGGGAUAUGUUAGAAUAAUUUACCUUGAUUAUUUAAAAAAAUUACUUUAAAAGAAUCAAAUUAUGAUUUGCAGAUGUUUUCUAUUUCAGCAUAAUACCAGAAGUUAAGCUUUUAAAUAUUAAUUGUUUUUGGAGCUGGUUAUAUUUUAAUGGGAAAGCAGAAUUGCAGCAUUUUGAAAAAGCAAACAACAUGCAUGCGUUUUGAAUUUAUAGCACAGAUGUACUUUUUUUGGGUUUGUUUUUUGUUUUUGUUUUGCUUUUGCAAGAAUAUGUUCAAGAAGUUAGGUUAAAAGGAAAAAUUUUGAAAAGUAAAUCUUUUUUCCCCUUUAAGUUAUAUUAAAUUUAUUUGGGAAUGUAUAUUACAGUGGAGGUUGGCUCAAUACUGCUUUAGCUAUUAUCAGUCCUAUAAAAUCUGCUAAGUAUUUCCUCUGUGGGUCUAGCCUCCCACCAAGAAGCUAACAUUUUUCUUCUUAGUUUCCUUUCCAGGCUGCUAUUCUCAGUCUAGAUUACUCAGAGACUUCUGGCACAUAGAAGAGUAUAAUCUUUUAGGCAGUAUAGUCCAAUGGAAAGAGUCCUGGAUUUGGAGCCAGAGAUCCUCUUCUCCACUAUUAACUCUGCUGCAUUUAUUGUUUGUGUGACUUUGGGUAAGUCAUUCUGUACUUCUGUACGAGGAGGGUAGAACUGAUUUUGACCCUUGAGGUUCUUUUCAGCUCUAAUCUAUGAUUCUCUCUGAAGGAAAUAGAUUGAUUGGAUAGUGUAUUUGACUUACAGUUAAUUCAUCACAACUAGGAUACCAGUGGAUACCUCACUUUUGUACAAGAGAUGUCUCCGAAUAGAUAGGUAAAGCAAAUCAGUAAAUACUUUGCCUGUUAAGGUUUACCUUUCCAAAAUAAUAUCCUGUGAUGAGUGAAGGUUGACACUUUAGAGGGGCUACCCAGAGAUGAUUUAAAGGCUAGUAUUGGAUUGCAUAAUAACAAGGAAAUGUCUUUUUCGGUUCAAAAUUAAAGAACUUUGUUGCAGAGAUAGUGGCAGAUUUCUUUAGAUAAUUGAAUUUUCCAGAGUUUCCAGGGAACUCUUGUUCUUAGUGGAUUCUAAUUGUUUUUCUUCUGGAUGUAAAAUCUACAAGUAGGCACUUCUCAGGGAAAAAAUGUUUUUCUAGAUUUUUAAAAAAAAAUUUAUACAAUAGCAAUCUGGUAAUCUCGAAGCUCUGGAAGAAAAAAAACCCCAGUCCCAUUUCCAUGACUUACAAAACAUCAUUCUCAUAUCUUUCACACAUACCUCCAGUGAAGUGGCUUUAUUAAUAUUUAGAGGACUGGAAAUCCAAAGCAAAACAGCCAAUUGGUAUCAGAGAAAUAAAGGGAGAUAGCAGUUGUAUACAGUGGCAAAACUCAGGACCACUUUCUAGUGGAUGCCUGGAUAAGAACAUACUUAAAAUGAAGUUGCUGCACCGAAUAAUUAAAGAUAUAAAAUUUCUGCUUUAUAAAUGUGGUUUAACUUUUAUUAGGUCUUUGUAUAACAAAACUCAUCUGUAUUAUAAAAUUACAUGAUCUAAGAUUUUUUUUGUUACAUGGUUACUAUAAGUGUUAUAUAUUUUUAUUAUUGAUUGGAAUAAAUCUUCAGGGCUUUUCUUCUGUACAUAACUAAGAUUUUAGAUGUGUACAUAUUUUUGUAUAUGGCUUAUUUGCUAUAAAUCCUGCACAUAAGUUUUUUGGCCUAAAAAGUUUGUUUAUUUUAGUUCUGGGCAUGCACUAAUAAAACUGGUUGAAAACUUUAAAAAUAUAUACACAGAGCUUUUACCAGCAUUAUUUUCUUGGUUUUAAUUUUAGUUUUAUUAAAUUUUUUUUGUAAAUUUGUUUUUCAGGGAUAUGAACACUAUUGUUAGUAAGUGCCUAAAAGAUGUGAAACAGUUUACAUAUAUCAACUGUAACAAAAGGUCCAAAAUGGGCCAUUUCCCCAAGAGAUUUAUUUUAAAAAAGCCAUAUGUAGAUGCUUUAAGCUAUCUUGCUAUGCACAUGACACUUGUACUAUUUCUGUGCAGUUUGUCUACUUUCUUAGUGAAGUAUUUUUCAUAUAAAUAAAACCUGUUACAAUUGUGUUUAUUAAAUUGAGCCUAAGAAUGGAAUCAGUUGGAAACAUACAGUAUAUAUUCAUAAUGCAUAAUGGUGUUAAUUCAAGAAUGGUAAGCAUUGCUAAUUUCUGUAAUAACUUUCUCUUUAAUAUUAAAUUUAUCUUAAAUUGUGUUUACACAACAAUUUUAGUCUACUGUAUUAAUAUCUAAUGGCAACUUAAUGUUGUGCAUUUUGAAAGACUUAGUUUUUUUUUCAAUCUUUUAUGCCAGUACCCUAUAAAUAAUAAAGGAUGAUUUAAUUCUAAA